AUGGCCAUUUUCUCAUCAGACAAGGAAGUCGAUUUCCGGUCCCGCCUCAUAUUUCGGCGUCUACACCACUCUUCUUCCGCGAUCUUAACAUUAGCUGUGUUCUCCAGCGCUAUGGCUGUGGGUGCUAUGAUUUUUAACGAAGCCCAGGCUACGAGAUCCUCCUUCCGCUUCGUUGCAGAUGGUCUUUUGGGUAGCUCUACCCAGACGGGAAUUAUUGCUGCCGCUACGACGAUUAUGAUGAAAUUCCAAUGUGAAAGCCACGCACCGGUAACAGGAAUGGAUCAUGGAGGUAUCUGGGUACCAAUCGGACUUUUGGAUAUUUCUGUUAUUGAGUUCGUUGUAGGAUUCGUACUCUGCAAUUGGGACGAUAAUGACCAUUGGGGAAGCCAGUUGACGGGAUUUCACUUGUUUAUUCUUUUGUUUGUUAUCAUAUUCCUUACUCUGCAGGUGUGGGCUACUGGUUUAGAGGAUCAUCCCAAGCAGUCCCUCAAGACGAGUCUCUAUGGAAGGUGA